GACCUUCUGCCCGCUAUGGAGUCCUUGGCUUUUCCCCGGCGCCCCGGCCCGGCUCCCUCGGCCGCAGAGCUCUCCCGGCCUCUGGCCGACGGACUCAUCAAGUCGCCCAAGCCGCUGAUGAAGAAGCAGGCGGUGAAGCGACACCACCACAAACACAACCUGCGGCAUCGCUACGAGUUUCUGGAGACCCUGGGAAAGGGCACCUACGGGAAGGUGAAGAAGGCACGAGAGAGCUCCGGGCGCUUGGUGGCUAUCAAGUCAAUCCGCAAAGACAGAAUCAAAGAUGAGCAAGACCUGAUGCACAUACGGCGGGAGAUUGAGAUCAUGUCUUCACUGAACCACCCCCACAUCAUUGCCAUCCAUGAAGUGUUUGAGAGCAGCAGCAAGAUUGUGAUUGUCAUGGAGUAUGCCAGCCGAGGCGACCUGUACGACUACAUCAGUGAGCGGCAGCGGCUCAGCGAGAGUGAUGCCAGGCAUUUUUUCCGACAGAUCGUCUCUGCCGUGUCCUACUGCCACCAAAAUGGCAUUGUCCACCGAGAUCUCAAGCUGGAGAACAUCCUAUUAGAUGCCAAUGGAAAUAUCAAGAUUGCAGACUUUGGCCUCUCCAAUCAAUACCACCAAGACAAAUUCCUGCAGACAUUCUGUGGGAGCCCCCUCUAUGCCUCACCUGAGAUCAUCAAUGGGAAGCCCUACAUGGGCCCAGAGGUGGACAGCUGGUCCCUGGGUGUUCUCCUCUACAUCCUGGUGCAUGGCACCAUGCCCUUUGAUGGGAACGACCAUAAGACACUGGUGAAGCAGAUCAGCAACGGGGCCUACCGGGAGCCACCUAAACCCUCCGAUGCUUGUGGCCUGAUCCGUUGGCUUUUAAUGGUGAACCCCACCCGCCGGGCCACACUGGAGGAUGUGGCCAGUCACUGGUGGGUCAACUGGGGCUACUAUACCCAUAUUAGGGAGCAGGAAGCCACACAUGAGGGUGGGCACCCCAGCAAUGACUCUGCCCGGGCCUCAAUGGCCGACUGGCUUCGCCGCUCUUCCCGGCCCCUCCUGGAAAACGGGGCCAAGGUGUGCAGCUUCUUCAAGCAUCAUGUGCCUGGAAGUGGGGGCACUACCCCAGGCCUGGAGCGCCAACAUUCACUCAAGAAGUCCCGCAAGGAGAAUGACAUGGCCCAGUCCCGUCAGGGGGACCCAGCUGAUGACACUGCCCCUCACUCUGGCAAGGACGACCUCAAGCUGCCAAAAGGCAUUCUCAAGAAGAAGAACUUAAGCCUGGCAGAGGGGACAAAAGAAGAACCCUGCAAGCUCAGCCCAGCCCCUGCCAACCCUGGGCAGGCUGCUCCCCUACUGCCCAGGAAGGGCAUCCUCAAGAAGUCUCGGCAGCGGGAGUCUGGCUACUAUUCCUCACCUGAACCCAGUGAGUCCGGGGAGCUCUUGGAUGCAGGGGACGUGUUUGUGAGUGGUGACCCUGUGGAGCAGAAGCCCCCCCAUGCCUCAGAGCUACUCUUCCAUCGCAAAGGAAUCCUCAAAAACAAUGGCAAGUUCUCACACACAGCCUCCAAGCUCACAGCCCCUGCUGCCUUUGGCUCCUUGGAUGAACUAGCCUCCCCACGUCCUCCAGCCCGGCCCAGCCGCCCCUCAGGGGCUGUGAGUGAGGAUAGCAUCCUGUCCUCUGAAUCCUUUGACCAGCUGGACUUGCCUGAACGGCUCCCAGAGCUCCCUCUGCGGGGCUGUGUGUCUGUGGACAACCUCAUGGAACUUGAGGAGCCCCCCUCAGAGGGCCCUGGAAGCCGCCUGAGGCACUGGCGGCAGGACCCCCUAGGGGACAGCUGCUUUUCCCUGACAGACUGCCAGGAGGUGACAGAGACCUACCGACAGGCACGAGGGGUCUGCUCCAAGCUCAGCUGA